UCUAUGACCAAUAUAAAGUACAAUAUUUGUCCACCUUUGAAUUGUGUUGGUUAAUUGAAUCAGAGUGAGUACUCAUUCCAUCACGUCUCAAACAAUCUAGCUUAGAAAAGAAUCAUCUUUGCCAAUGUUAAUGUUGUUAACAAGUUAAUUAAAGAAAAACAAUACGUCUCCUUAAAUCAUAAGUGUUAUCUUAAUCCUGUGUGAGCGUAAGUAUAACUUUGAUUAACUAAAUAUCUAAAUAAAAAGGACAAUACAGAUUUCACGCUCUUGUUAACAGUACUUACAUUAGCUUCUUGUUAGCUGGUAUUAGCAUUCACUCCAUUAGCUUCUUGUUAGCUGGUGUUAGCAGUAACGCCAUCAGCUUCUUGUUAGCUGGUAUUAGCAGUAACUACAUUAGCUUCUUGUUAGCUGGUUGCCAGUUUUAUUUAUUUUAUAUAAUCUCUAACUUUUCUAUGUGGUUUUAACUUGCGUGUCAUAUUAUUAUCUGUUUUUCUUAUUUUUUUUAUAUAUUUUCUAACUUUUUAAAAUUGGUUUUAAUUCCUAUGUCUCAAUUCUUACGUAUUACUAACAGUCUUUUAUUGCUUAUCUAUCUUUUAACGAGUAAACUGUUCAUGAUUCUUGGUUUUAAGUGGGUUGAAUUGUUUUCUUCUGCAGGCCUGCAGGUUGGUUGCUUAAUCAUCUAACUUUUUAUUCCUACUUCUUCAUUGAAUUAACAGAUGUGUGUCAUAGGUCUGUUUACAAUUACUAUGAUCAUGAUUAUUUCCUCUUGUCCACACAAUGUGUGAUGCUUCACUCAAAGCCUCCAUCACAUAGAGUACUGAUCACCUUCUGGAUCCUAUGGACACGUGUGUGCGUGUGUGUGUCUAGGAUGAGUCGGGGGGGGGUCCAGGCCUCCAUGUUUUUCCUCGGGCUUCCUGCCCUGAAGAAUCUGUGCUGCGUGUCUCUGGGUCUUCAGGAGCAGGACGAGGAUCUGAGGAGCACACAGAUGAAGACCUGCAGAGAGCUGGUGCUGCUGUACUCUGAUGUUCUGGCGUCUCCGGCUCUGGACUCCUUCUCCAACGUGGUCGUGGUCGUAGCUAUCCCUUUCUACCAGAGAGGAAUCCUGCAGGUGUUUGGACAGAGACGCAGUCUGCAGCUGGGCUGUCCUCAGGGGGUGUCUCCAGAUGUCCUCCAGUGUUGUCUGUCCUUCUCUCUGAUCACUCGCCUGGCUCCCAGCUGGAACAAGGCUGGACUCUACCUGAUCUCAGGGAAAGACUUCCUGACUGAGGACGGGCGGCUGCAGGCCGUCGGCCUGGAGCUGAGUACCAGUGAGGAUCAGCUGUGCAUCAGCGUUGAAGCCAACGUGGUCCGACUUCCACCAAUCAGACUGGAGGACUUUGACUAUGCUCCGAUGGUCCUGAGGAGGUUCUGCUCCGAUCCGGACUCCGUCCUCGACACUGGGGGGGCCGUGUGGUGUCACGUCCUGCCCAGCAUGAAGAGAGGUCAGAUCAUCAACAUCAGCCGUAAGCUGCCCAGAGACGGACCAUUCAGAACCUACAGAGACCUGCAGGACCACUGGAACCACCUGUACGGCUACAGACUCCCUGACCUCGCUGAAGAAGAGGUGGUUUACUGCAGCGUCUACUUCAGACUGGUGGGGGAGAGACUCUUCACAUACCCUCUGAGCUGCGUCCGCCUGCAGCCCGUGGAGCGCUGCGUCCGGGCCGGGCCUCAGGCGGCGCCGGGCCACUUCCUGUCCCACCUAAGGGACGGGCUGCGCUCCGUCUGCGGCUUCCCUGCGCCGCUCAGCGGGAAACCCCGUUACCGCACGGCGGGCCUGAGCCCCGCCGCCGCGCCUCAGGCGCCAGGUGGUGAGCAGAUUAACUUGAGCACCACCUCAUCCUCCAUCAGGCCGGUCCUCAGUCAGCUCCCGCCCCCCCCUCGUCCUCCUCCUCCCCCCCGAGCCGUGGAGCCCUGUUUGGGGUUGCAGCCUCUGACCUGGCGUGACAGAGCCCAGGGGCUUCUGGGUAACAGUCUGAUGCAAAGUCACGAGUGCAGAAGAGAGCAACGCUGUCCUCCAUCUUCCUCCUCCUCCUCCUCCUCCUCGGCCCUCCCUCGCCUUACCCCCGUGAUGUCCUCCACUCAGCUGGUUCCCAUCUUCAGGAACAAGUGUCCUUCUCGCCUCGCCAACGUGGCGCUGCUGCGGCUCCAGAAGCAGAGGCAGCAGCUGAUUGGUCGAGGGGAGCAGAGGGGAAGGGUCACACUGACGACCAUCGCCACUUCUUCUUCGGGGGUUUCUUCUCUGACGGCGGCGGCCCUCCCGCCUCCUGCUGUAUCGGCCGCUGCUUGCUUCAACCGACCUUCUGAACCUCCUGCGCCGGGACUCAGACGCAUGGGCAGCCUCAGCCCGGCCUCCAGGCCCAGACCCGGGUUCCUCCUGGCUCCAAAGGUGGAGAUCCACAGACCCAGGUCCAGAAGCACUGCUACUCCACCCUCUGACAUCUCCAACAGACGUUCCUCGUCUGCACCACCCUCUGAUAUCGUCAAACACCCUUCAGCCGCUCCACCUUCUGAUGCCUCCAUCAAGGACAGCUCCAGCAGCAUCAGACGGAGCGUCGAGUCCAAGCAGAAGAAUCCCAGAUCGGAGACACGAGACGUGGAGCAGAUGGCCAGAAGCAACCAGCUGUCCAGGCUGAGCUCUGCCUCUCUGCUGCUGUGGCUGAAGGGACGAGGAGUGACGAUCAAACCCAAAGACAAGAAGAGGGAGCUGAUGCUGAAGGUCAUGAGCUGUCUGGCCGAGGCCUGAGACACACACACACACACACACACACACGCACACACACACACACACACACACACACAUGCAAACAGCAUAUAAUUAAGAGCUGCUCAUGUGAAAUAUGUCCAUCUUCAUCUACUCCUGAGGUGAGCUGUUUAAAACAGGAAGUGACACGUUUUGGGUUCUUGGGUUUGUUUGAUUUGAGACACCAGAUGUUUAAGAGUUAAAGGUCUCCGGCACGUUUAGUUCAUCAUUCAGCAGCUCUGAAAUGGCUCCACUUCUUGCUGAUAAACGUUAAAAGGUUUUUUAUUUUCUUGAAAAAUUGUUCAGAAAAAUUGUUUUUGAAUUUUAAACAGUUCAUAUUCUAUAGAGAAUUCUCUGUAUUAUAUUAUAUAACAAUUCAUAUUAUAUUUAUAGAGCAGCUGGUUGUUUGUUAACAAAUGUAAAAUGAUAUUUAUAUGCUGAAAUGUGGAUAAAUGUAUGUUUUGUUAUUUAUAUAGUGAGUGCUUUCUUUUUGUUUCACAUGUGUGUUCUACACACACACACACACACACACACACACACACACACACACACACACACACUGCUGACUGAAGCGAGAAUCAUUUAGUACAAUGUAAUAACAAUGGAUAUGUAUUGAUCUAUAUUUGUUGCAUACACAUGUGUGUAUGUGUGUGUGUGAGUGUGUGUGUGGGGGGGGGGGGUGACCUCAUGUUGAGUUACUUAAAUCUUUAUUUAUGUCAAAGGAGAAAAGCAGUUGAAUCAUUUUUCGUCUCCUACAGCUUUCUGUGUGAAGCCCAAUGUUUCCCACAAUGCACUCUGAUAGCUCCCAACCCCCCGUCAGGAAACUCAACGCUGGGCUAUAGGGCGCUGAAGAAUUCCAUUAUGUUAGACGUGUGUGUGUGAGUGUGUCUGUGUGUGUGUGUGUGUGUGUGUGUGUGUGUGUGUGUGUGUGUGUGUGUGUCCAAUCAGAUUCCCCCCAGGUGAGGUCACCGCUGACUCUCAGGUGUUUCAUCAUUACUCUCUGGAUAUCAGUGUGAAACAUCUGGCUGGAUCCCACGAGUCCUUUCUGAGAGGUCCGACACACACACACACACACACACACACACACACACACACACACACACCCCUCAGCUGGCAGGUCCCCCCCCUGUUAAGAGGCUCUUAAUGUGAGAGACCAAACCAAGUGAACGUGAAGCAGCUCUUAAAGGGCCAGUACACCGCUGCAGGUUGUCUCCUGGCGUUCAUGUCGUCUGUGAAGAAGUCAAACAGCAUCAGAACUGCGUCUGAUGAUCAACACAAAAUGAUCAAUACAGAGUUCUGAUGAAAGUAGUGGGACCUUUAUUUCUGCUUUACACCUAGAAAACAACGCUUUCCCUGUGGCCUCCUUCUGCUCCUCAGGAAGCCGCACGGGGAACAACAUGAAGGGUUCUGCUGAGCGGCUUGAUUCACCAGCUCUGGACCCAUCUGGACCCAUCUGGACCCAUCUGGACCCAUCUGGACCGCCUCCUCUUUCCUCACUGCCUAAUUCCUCAAAUGCUCCAGUGGGGAAGUUGAAGUUGGCCGGCUGCUGGGAGCCGAAUCCAGUCCAGACCAACACAAAGGCUCUUUGUGUGUGUGUGUGUGUGUGUGUGUGUGUGUGUGUGUGUGUGUGUGUGUGUGUGUGUGUGUGUGUGUACCAGUGGUCACACAGAAUGUUCUGUACACUCUAAAACUUAAAUGUGAGUGAAGGAUUGUGAGGAGUUCGUUGUAUCCGAUGACCUCAGGUCUCACGUUUCCUUCGUGGAGCUGAUUCAUUUUACCUCCGUCACACUCCACCCGUUUACAUCUCUGCUCCAUCCCCUCUGCUCCCACGUCCCCCCCCCAGUCUGCCCCCUUUUCAUGUCUGCUGUUAUAAACUCUCCUCUUGGACGUUUAUGGGACCAGAGGAGUCGGAGGAAUCGCUGUUCUCCUGCAGGAGGGAAACAGGAAGUGAGUCAGAAACUAUCCAGUGUUUGAAAUAUGGUUUAAAUAACGUCUCCAGUUGUGUGGAUCAAGUCGAACCCUGACGACGAGCCUCUGAGAUCAUGUGAUCGGAUCAAACACUCUAUUGAUCGCUGGUCUGAUCGGUUUAAUUGUUCAUAAAAGAAUAGUUUUCACAAAACUGAACCAACAAGAAGUUUCUGAUCUUUGUUUCUUCUGCAGCUUUGAGGAAACUCGACUCCGUCCGGAGUCAGAACGGCGCCCGAGGCGACCGCCAAGCCAACUGUUGGUUUGACCUCACGCCGACCUUCUGCCGCCGGCUCCUGAAGGAGGAGCCUCUGGGGGCUCUCCUGUCAAUCACCGGACUCCAGAGCUGACCUCCUCAGCAGGAACAUCUGCAGCACAUCAGGGACAUGUGGUCUGGAGAUCUGGAGGUUAAAUCUACAUUUGCUGACACGUCACAUGGGUUCUCCACAGAGAGACAGCAGGACCGGUUCAGACCUGCAGCUUUGCUCAAAGGCCCUGCGGCAGGGCGCGGCGUCGGCUCGUUUCUGAGGCGCCUUCAGGUGAGAACACGUCAAAGCUCCUUCACUUCCAUUGUCUGUGAUGGCUUCAGGAAGUAGACCCCCCCCCCUCGCCCCCCGCUGCCAGAACCACUUCAAAGCAUCAAGCAUCAUGAUGAUUGACCCACACCUGCCUUCUCUGUAAUUGCGGGUCUGCACAGGUAACACACCUUUGAAGUGCGCGUUAUGUUUCACUGGGUUUUAUAUUUAAAGCUGAGAAGCUUCAUGACAUUAAAUAUCAUUUAACCAGAUCGGGGCAGAAGAUACCGCAGCGUUCCUAAAGGUUGGAAAGUGAUGAGAGGAAUGCAGAGACUCUGUAAAUAAACCCUGGGGGGUGAAGUUAAAGUCACCCCUGAGGAGCCUCCUCGUUCAUUUACAGAGAUGUGAGAAGAUCUCAUGAGGAGACCUGAGGAGCUCCAGCCUGAACUUGUCUCAAGAACUUCCUGCUCACUCUGGGCCUUCCGUGAAGCUAACCCCAACCCCUGGACCGGGGGGGGGGGGGUAGUUCUGUUAUAGUCUGUCAGAGAUGUCGUUUCCAUAGAAACGGAGCCACUCUGAGAAUAACUUUAUUUAACUGUCAGUCAUUUUGAGAUCUCUGAAGAAGUUAUUUUUAUAAAUAGAGUUUAACAUUGAACACUUUGGUCA